GCACCUUCAACAAAACACUUUCUCUGUUUCCAUACCCCCAAAAGAAAAAGGAUACCAAACAUGAGAACCCAGAAUCGUGGUCUACAUCUCUUAGCCACCUUCCUUAUCUGCCUCAAAACGAUCGCAGCCGUCGAUUCUUAUUACCCCGACGGAGACUCCGGUUCAACCAACGCCACCGAUUACAUUCGCAGUAGCUGCGGGGCUACGUUAUACCCUGAGCUCUGCUAUACCUCCCUCGCGGGCUACGCAAGUGCCGUGCAGAAGGACCCGGCUCGGCUCGCCCGUGUGGCUAUCGGCGUCAGUCUCUCCAAGGCCCGGCGAGUGGCGGCUUACGUCUCCAACAUCUCUCGCCAAGCCGACUACGGAGGCGACCAGCGGGCAACUGCCGCGCUCCACGACUGCUUCUCGAACCUUGGGGACGCCGUGGAGGAGAUCCGCGGGUCUCUAAAGCAGAUGCGGCAACUGGUUCCGGCGGGCUCGGAGGAGUUCAGGUUCCAAAUGAGCAACGUGCAAACGUGGAUGAGCGCUGCCCUGACGGACGAGGACACGUGUACGGAUGGAUUUGAGGACGUGUCUGAUGGACCGAUGAAAUCGGACGUGUGUGAUCGAGUGGGGAGAGUGAAGAAGUUCACGAGCAAUGCGCUGGCGUUGGUUAACUGUUAUGCUCAGACGGGAAUGCGUUGAGUGUGAGUGACUGUUUGUUGAGUGAUUUUCUUUUUCUUUUUUUGUAAAUGUUUUUGUUUUUUGUUUUUUUUUUUGUUUUGUGUGUAAGAGGUAAUUAGUUGUUGUUUGCUUUUACUUUUUUUUUUUUUUUUUUUUCUAAAAAAAGAAGGUUGUGUGGUAAUUUUGCUUUCUUUAAAUUAUGGAAGAAAGGCAAAGAGACCGAGUUUACUGAGUUAAACUCUGAGUUGAUUAAACUUUCUUUGAAAA